CGAGAGCAGAUCAAAAGAAUGGGAAAUGCCAGCAGACCCUUUAGAAGAAUUGCUUAUUUCUUAUGCCUUUUAUCUGUGCUUUUGCUGACUGAAGGGAAGAAACCAGUGAAGCCAAAAUGUCCUGCCUGGUGUACUUGUACCAAAGAUAAUGCUUUAUGUGAAAAUGCCAGAUCUAUUCCUCGCAGCGUUCCGCCUGAUGUUAUCUCACUAUCCUUUGUGAGAUCUGCUUUUACUAAAAUCCCAGAAGGGAGUUUUUUGCUCACACCAUCUCUGCAGCUUCUGUUGUUUACAUCCAACACUUUUGAUGUUAUUAGUGAUGAUGCUUUUAUGGGCCUUCCUCAUCUAGAAUAUUUGUUCAUAGAGAACAACAGCAUUAAGUCAAUUUCAAGAAAUACUUUCAGAGGACUGAAAUCUUUAAUCCACCUGAGUCUCGCAAAUAAUAACCUCCAAUCGCUUCCAAAAGACAUAUUCAAAGGCUUGGAUUCUUUGACAAAUGUAGAUCUUCGAGGCAAUGCAUUUAAUUGUGACUGCAAACUGAAGUGGUUAGUGGAAUGGCUGGGCAGCACCAAUGCAACAGUUGAAGACAUUUACUGUGAAAGCCCACCAGAAUAUAAGAAGCGCAAAAUCAAUAGCCUCUCUCCAAAAGAAUUUGAUUGCAUUAUUACAGAAUUUGAAGUUUAUCAGUCCCUGCCAUACCAGUCUCUGUCAGUGGAUACUUUCUCAUACAUGAAUGAUGAAUAUGUGGUUAUUGCUCAGCCUUUUACUGGAAAGUGCAUCUUUCUGGAAUGGGACCAUGUAGAAGUGAUGUUCAGGAAUUAUGACAACAUUACAGGUACUUCAACUGUUGUGUGUAAACCUAUAGUUAUUAAGAGUCAGCUGUUUGUCAUUGUCGCACAGCUGUUUGGAGGCUCCCACAUAUAUAAAAGAGAUCGUUUUGCUAAUAAGUUUAUAAAAAUUCAGGAUAUUGAAAUCCUUAAAAUCCGAAAACCCAAUGACAUUGAAACUUUCAAGAUUGCUGAAGACUGGUAUUUUGUUGUGGCAGACAGUUCAAAGGCUGGUUUCACCACGGUUUACAAAUGGAAUGGGAAUGGAUUUUAUUCCCAUCAGUCUCUGCAUGCCUGGUACAGAGAUACUGAUGUGGAGUAUCUUGAAAUAUCUGGCAAACCACAUUUAAUUCUGUCAAGUAGCUCCCAAAGACCUGUAAUAUAUCAAUGGAACAAAGGAACAAAUGAAUUUGUUAAGCGUUUUGAUAUCCAAGAUAUGGAAGAUGCAUAUGCAGUGAAACAUUUCAAAGUGAAAGAGGAUGUAUACAUUUGCUUAACAAGAUUUAUUGGGGACUCUAAAGUAAUGAAGUGGGGUGGUUCAGCAUUUCUGGAUUUACAAAGGAUGCCAUCCCGAGGGUCAAUGGUAUUCCAGCCGCUUCAGAUAAGUAAUUAUCAAUAUGCCAUUCUUGGAAGUGAUUAUUCUUUCACUCAAGUCUAUUAUUGGGAUGCUGAAAAGGCAAAAUUUGUGAAGUUUCAAGAAUUAAACGUACAGGCACCAAGAUCUUUCAUACAUGUCUCCAUCGAUAAACGAGAUUUUCUCUUUGCCUCAAGUUUUAAGGGAACUACACUGAUUUAUAAACAUGUCAUAGUUGACUUAAGCGCAUGA